AUGGCAGCUACAGAGGCUGUCGCGGAUGGGCCCGACGACGAGGAUGAUGCAGUCGGUCGCCCAGUAUCCGGCCCAGUAUCCGACCCUCUCACCGGUCUAGAUUUUCUUAGGUCUGUCCUGCCGAAGCACAAUCCACCUCCAACGCCACCGUCGCAACCUAGCUCGAGCCGCCCACCUAUUCCCAGAGACACCACACCUCUGCACGAGGCCGUCACUGAACCAGCGACCGCUGCGCAACAGGCGGUGCCCCAUGAGGCGUCUGUUGGUGCACCUUCUCGUCCCGCGCCACCGUCGAAGCUGCGGUACCGGCAGUCCACCCUUGGUUGGGCCACUCCGCCUCCUCCAUCGACCGUUGUGACUCCUGCGAGCGACGAUUCUCCCAUGCAGGACAGCUCCAUGCCCACGCAGGGCAGCCCGAGGCCCACGCAGGACAGCUCAAAGCCCAAAUCCGAUAAUCCUGAGUUGAAAUACGAGGAAGCGCAUGAGAGAUUCAAAUCGAAGUGGUCCACCGAUUACAGUUGGCUUGUUCUAACUAAGACCUCUUCUGGUGCCCCUUCUUUCAAGUGCAGUAUUUGCCUGGAGUUUGCGGGAUUGAAUGGCAAGUGUGGGCGGCGUACCGAGGGAGCUACAGACGUGCAGACACAGUCCUUCAAGAAGCACGAAGGGACAGUGAAGCACCGAUUUGCUCUGCAGCGCCAGGAGGACUUGCUGCAGAAGUACGGGCGGCAGCAGCGCAUCGACAUGCACCCGAAAGCGCAAGACAUGGAGCUGCUGCAGGUGUCGUCGCUCGUCGACUCGCUGUACUUCAUGGGGAAGUGCAACGAGCCCAUGGACUCGUGGAUCCGGCUCGUGCGCUACCUGGCGAAGAAGAAAGUGCCCGGGGAGGCCUUGGUUGCCAAGGCCGCAGCGGAGAAGAUACCCACCUUCAACAUGGUCGACGACGUGAUCCGCGCCGUCGCAGAGUACCUCGGGCGAUCGGGGCCGUGGCAUCAGCGCUUCAUGGAGCUCCAGGAGGUGUUCACGUCCACCAUCCUCGAGGUUCAAGGCAUACACGACGUGCGGUGGCUGUCCAGAGGAGCUGCAGUUGCCCGCUUCGUCCAAGUCCUACCUGCCAUCAUGGUCAUGUUGUCGGAGUGGAAGGACCAGACCAUGUACGAACUCGUCACGUCGUACAGGUUCCAGUUCCUCAUCAGGUUCCUCGCGGACAUGCUGGAGCAGCUCAACGUCCUCUCCUCAGUUUUUCAGAAGCGAGAACUCGACUACGCGCUGGUGCACACGCAGAUUGUGCGCACCACAUCGAUCCUGGAGGCUCGGUACGUCGACUGUGGAGACGACUUCGGGGGGGGGCCGACCGAGAGGCUUUACCGCUUCAUUGAGAAGCACGGUCCGGGAGGGACACCAGAAAUGGUGGUGGAAGGAGCAUCGUCCGACGGCAGUAUGAACCGCUUCAAGGUGAAGCUUCACGAACGCACCAACCCAAGCUAUCGUGGGCCUGGUCAUCACCACGCCUGCGUUGCGCUCUGCACCGACAUGGCCGAGCUCGUUGUCGAGCAGCUCCAGUCCAAGCUCGGCGACCUUGACUCACUUUCCGGAGUGCGGCUGUUUAUUCCAGAGAUGUGGCAACCUCACUGGGACCGGGACGCACGGCAGGCACAGUGCCUGGAGUGGCUGAUGUCGCUUGUCACGUUGUUUCGCGCAGAUGAAGCCGACGAGAUACUACCUGGUAUGGUUUUGUGUCACCCCGCCCCUUUCCCCCUUUGGCUAUGGCUCGUUUACUAA